AUGGUGGAAUUUUCAUCAGCUGGGCAAAUGAUGGAGAAAGGAGGAGAGAUUGACAUCAACAUGCCUAAGAUGUCCAAUGAGCAGAUGCAGGUGGAAGAGACUAUAGUGUCAAGGGGGGCAGACAAAAACACCAUGCCAGAUUCCCAGCUAGUGAUUUUCAAGAAACCAGAAGAGUCUCAGAGGGGGAGAACAUGGAAGAGAACCUCAAAAAAUGAAGGUAGACUAAUAAGAAAUUCAAACACCAUGGAAACAGAAAUUCCUAUGAAGAAGAAGAAGAGAGCAAUGGCAGCCAAUGAGGGAGAUAACAUUCUUUCCCUCAACAACAAUGAAUUCUGCAUUCAAGUCCAAUUCAAAGCUAAGGGAUCUAUGCUGGCAGAGUGGGCUAUAUUUGUAUACAUCAGUACUAUCAAGCAAGAGAGGACAUUGCAGUGGCAGUUUUUGCACAAAUGUGGCCUCCGACUCCGGGUUCCACACGUGAAACACGUGCCCCUCCUCAUCAGCCUCAAUCAAGUUCACCCUCUCCACACCAUUCCCCUUCAAGAACUCCGCAUACAUUACCCCUCUCUCUCUCAAGAAAUCCAUCCCGGCCACGAACACCAAAACCGCCGGAAAACGAGCCCACUCGGCAUCCUCCUUCGUGUAAUCGCACCCCCACGGCCCGACCCCUCCGGCAAGCUCAGCCGCCAGAACAUGUCGUUCAUCGCCACCUCAUCGGCCGACCCUCCACCGCCGGCCGCCUCUAACUCCGUCCGCUCAUCGCUCCCGAAAAAGGGGUGGAUCGGCAAGAGCCCGCGGAUCCCAAUUCCCGGGAUAUUCCCUUUCACGGACAGCGCCGCGACUCGGUGCGCUAUGUUCCCUCCGGCGCUGUCCCCGCAGAGGAAAACCCUCGAGCGGUCGGCUCGGUCAAGCCACGGCCCACUGGCCGAACCGAGCCACUCAAGGGCGGCGAUGCAGUCGUUGUAG